GGAUCUAGUAGGGCUAAAGUAUUGGUAUAAAGUUGUAUAUGUGUAGCGUUAGAUAGUGGUGAGAUUUAUUUCCCCCUUCUUUUGUGACAUAUUGUGCAAUUCACACUCCGACCUGUAAAAGUCAGCAACACAGCGUCAAGUCUACCGAAAACUCACAGGAAGAUGAAGUAAACGGAAGCAGAGAGGAUGAGUCGAAGCGAAAGGAUUUACGCCGACCAAAAUCGGUCCUCGUGAGAUAAGGUUUAGUAGUGUCGAAAUACGUUAAACUUAUUCAAUCGAAUAUACGUUUCGUAAUGUUUAGGCUAUUAUAAAUGUACGGAUAUAAGUGGACGCACGUGGAAUUCAGGCAACUGAUAAAUACGACUUAGUUGUGUAUAAUCUUUACGGAAAUGAAGUGUCCAAGAACAAUUUCCACGUUCGCGUUUUUAUUGUUAUUUAGGCGUGUAUUAACACCCAACUAAAAAUAUUACUAAUUUGACUGCAUAGCAUCACAUACCUAAUUCGCAUUGGAGACAUAACUUGGUUGAUAGAUGUUAUCUAGGUAACACUGGCUAGCUGCUAACAAUGGCUAACUGUAUGGUUUUUCACACUCAAAUAGCCUCCAUCAUGGAGGUGCUAGCAAAUGCUGCGGUGGCAGAGAUCUGUAAACUCGUAGACGACGACUAUGCAGUGUUUCGUUUGGAAAUAACUCAAAGCCAGAAAGAAAACAGGGCAUUGCGGAGGAAACUACUGGAACUGAAGGUGGCACGGGAGCGCGCAGAGAGGACAAUGCGAGAGCGCGUCCUCGCCAGUCGGCCAAGUAUCAAGAUCCUUGACAGAUACAGAGGAAUGGCAAGAGGUGAAGGACAUCUCACUGGAGGCCACAGGAACUUUGUGAAGCCAUCGGGACCCAAUACAUUGAGAGAUGACCAACCAAUCACUGUUGAUGAGGGGAAUGGAGCCUCAACCCAGCACAUUAUCGUGAUCGAGUCUGCAGAGGCUGCAGGUCCUGGGGUCAAGCAGGAGAGGUCUGAAGGAGAGGAGGACACACUGCACAUUAGGGACAUCCAGACUGGAUUGGCUGGAGCUCCCCCUGUAGCCACGGAUGAACCCGACACCACCCCAGCGCAGCCCAAGACCCGACGCAGUGUGACGGAGGUCAGUGGAACGCUGAACGCCGUCCUCAAGUCAGAGACGGACACAGAGACUUUAACUGUAACACAUAGGCUUUUACACACAGGAUCUGACCAAAUGUCGGACCCAGAGAGACUGGGGCUGGGGAGACUGGGCUGCACUCCUGCUCCCGCCUCAGAGUAUUUACUUUAUGGAAACCCGAGCCCGAGGACGGUUCAUUCCCAUCCGGACUCAGGUGACGCGUCAGAGACUGGUAAUGAUCCGUCUUGUUCUUACACUUCAGAGAUGGACCCUAGCAACAUUCCGUUGGGUUUAGAGGCACAGACUGAUCUGUCUAGACGGGACUGGAACCGGUGCAGUAGAAGUGUAUACUCUGAAGGGAGCCUAUAUAAAGCAGGGGAGGGUAUGGCCGUAGAUGAAGUGACUGUGAAAGUGGAGGGCGACAUUCCUCCCACAUGGAAUGCAGAUAGUCUCCUAGGAGAUGGACACUCACAGGGCAGAUAUUUCUUAGAUUACAGGGAAAGGUUGGAGACAAAUCCAAAUGUCGCUACCCAUUACCCUUCACACACGCUCAGGGAUCGCGACCCUUUGUCCACGUCGAUGGGCCCUUCUGAUUCACAUGGCAGCGUCCUCUUCGAUCAGGUAUUGAACUCAAACGACAGGACUAGAGCCCAGGAUCAGAGAGGGGAAGCUACAUCAGGCAAUAGUAAAGAUAAACGGUUCCUCUGCAUGUUCUGUAACAAAGGCUUCAGCUGCCCCCAGAAGGUGGAGAUCCACCAGAGGGUACACACGGGGGAGAAACCCUACAGCUGUACCCAGUGUCACAUGCGCUUCACCCAGGCUGGCAACCUGAAGAGGCACCAGAGGGUCCACACUGGGGAGAAACCCUAUGGCUGUACCCAGUGCCACAUGCGCUUCGCCCAGGCCGGUCACUUGAAGAUGCACCUGAAGGUCCACACGGGAGAGCGGCCGUUCACUUGUACACACUGUGGGAAGAGGUUUUCAGAGAGGAGCUACCUCAGGAUACAUCAGCAGAAAAAACACUCCACUCUAUAACAUAGAAAGUAACCAUUCCACUCGAUAGCUUCUGAGGUUUAGAAUAACAUGAGUAACAGAUUUCGGGUGUUGAAUAUUCCUGGGUAGAAUGUUGCAUCCAGAUAUUGGCAUAUAUAAGCCUACAAAUCUGUUACAUAUUGUGUUUGUACUGGGCUAUAUGAUGUUCACAAAUGCCCAUUUGAUUACUUCCAUUAGACUACUUAAUUUUUUUCCUAAGACACUUUUAAUGAGAAAAUGAGUGCAGUUUAUCAAGUUCAUGCCUAAUGUUUUGUUGAUGUACAGUGGGGCAAAAAAGUAUUUUCUGUCUCUCACAGACCUGUAUCUUCUUUAAGAGGCUCCUCUGUCCUCCACUCGUUACCUGUAUUAAUGUCAC